CUCUCAACAAAAGAAUGAGCUUAGGGUGGGGCUGGAAAACCUAUCCAUAUAGCUCCAUGUUCAAUUCAUAACACACUUGACUGUCCUCACUUCUUUGGAAACCGAGAGACCCUUUUGCAGUUCUCAUCUCCUUAUUCUUCAAUAGCAGCAAAAGAAGUCUUUUGAGUAUUUUUGAAGGGUGAUGGAGAACAUUGGUAUAGUUUGUUCACCUAAAAUGGUAUUGGGUCUCUCUUCUAACCCAAGAAAUCCCUUCUUUGGCCUUCGUCUACCCAAAAGACACUUCAACAAUGGAAGAAUUAUCAGACCCACUACUUGUUCUCAAGUGGCAUCUUCUUUACAGGCUCCAACCCUCACCAAAAGGAUUGUGCUGGGAAAAUUAGGGAGGGAUUCUUUUGCUAGCACUACAACUUCAGGUGGCCAACAGACUUCUUCAGUUGGUGUAAAUCCACAAUUUUCAGCUCCAUCACCACCAUCUCAAGUAGGGUCUCCUCUAUUUUGGAUUGGAGUUGGUGUUGGGCUUUCGGCACUUUUCUCAUGGGUGGCUUCAUACCUAAAGAAGUACGCUAUGCAGCAAGUGUUCAAAACAAUGAUGGGACAAAUGAAUAGCCAGAAUAGUCAAUUUAGCAACACUGCUUUUUCACCUGGGUCACCUUUUCCAUUCCCACCACCUCCAGUGUCAGGUCCAGCUAGUUCAUCACCUCCACCACCUACUGCAUCCACCACAUCUAAACCAUCAGCUUCAUUUGCAUCUCAGCCGGUGACUGUUGAUGUAUCCGCAACUAAAGUGGAGGAACCUCCAGCUGUGAAUGUCAAAAAUGAUACAGAAGCUGAAAAACGGCCGAAGAAAAAUGCUUUUGUUGACGUUUCUCCUGAUGAAAUAUUCCAGAAGGGUGCUUUUGAAAAUUAUAAGGAAUCAACUGAGACAGCUUCUGUAACUUCUGAUCAGGUAACUCAAAAUGGAGCUGCUUCACAGUCGGGUUUUGGUGCACAUACAUCUGACAGUACCUCAUCAACUGGAAAAUCCAAUCCACUAUUGUCAGUGGAUGCUCUGGAAAAAAUGAUGGAAGAUCCAACUGUGCAGAAGAUGGUUUACCCCUAUCUACCGGAGGAGAUGAGGAACCCUACAACAUUUAAAUGGAUGCUACAAAAUCCACAAUACCGUCAACAGUUGCAGGACAUGAUGAAUAAUAUGGGUGGAAACCCAGAAUGGGACAACCGCAUGAUGGAUAACUUGAAGAAUUUUGAUCUUAGCAGCCCUGAAAUCAAACAACAAUUUGAUCAAAUAGGGCUUACCCCCGAGGAAGUCAUUUCGAAGAUUAUGGCUAAUCCCGAUAUUGCUAUGGCCUUCCAAAAUCCAAGAGUUCAAGCAGCCAUCAUGGAUUGUUCUCAAAAUCCACUGAGUAUUGCAAAAUAUCAAAAUGACAAGGAGGUGAUGGAUGUCUUCAACAAAAUAUCAGAACUAUUCCCUGGGUUGUCAGGUUCACCUUGAUUCUCUUCUUCCUGCUUAAGCAGCUAUUAUGUGACCACAAUGUCAUUUGUUCUGUUUGAGUGAGGUAUCAGUCAGAACUGUUGGUCACAAAGAUGUAGUUUGCAUCCUCUGUUGGUUAUGUGCUAGCGAAAGGGUCAUUUUGCAACGGAUGCACAUGAAAACGACGUCCUUUUUAGGAAUAUAUAUAAAUUCAUUGCCCUUCUCAAAUUUUGUGGAUGUUUACAUACUUGCCUUUGGUUAGCAGUUAGUCUUUAGAAGCCACAACUUCAGCUAUAAUUUUGCCUGUUUCUGUAUGGUUUUAGAUCACUUAAGCCUAUUCAACUGUAUGAUUUGAUGAAAAUGCUUUACUCUUCUAUUUUGAGUUAUGCUUCUUAAAGGGGGACCAUUCAAGCAUUUUGUUUAA